UUAUCCGUAAAAAACUCGCCAAUCAAUCUUUUGAAUUUUUUCGCUUGCGAAAAUUUGUACUUAGUAUGAAUAGCCUUUAAAUUAACUUUUAAAACUCUUAAUUAAUCGUAAUCAUCAAGAAAGUUCAAUCGGUAGCAGACGGCUUUUUUAGUUCCGUUCUACUGGAUUUCGAAUUUAAUUCAAAAAUUAUUGCGGAAAUGGCAAACAAAUUUAUGCUGUGUGAUAUUUAUAACUUAAUUGUUUUAUAAUCGCUAUAUUUAGUAAGCUGCUUAGAAAACUUUUCCUCGCAGAAAUGUUAAAAUGAAGCAGUUUUGUGUAAACUUAUUCUAACUUUUCUACUUCAGAGGUCAAGGGACUACAUUGGUGCAUAAGUUUCUUUAGAAAAAGUCAUGGAGUAUUCUGCUGGAUCCUUUACACUGUUUGAUUAUGCUAUAUUAAUAUUGAUGCUAGCAUUUUCUGCAAGCAUUGGCAUUUAUUAUCGCUUCUCUGGUGGACGUCAGAAAACUAACAAGGAAUAUUUUCUUGCCAACAAAGACAUGCCCAUUACUCCUGUAGCAUUUUCCUUGAUGGCUAGUUUUAUGUCAGCUGUCACAAUUCUUGGUGUUGCUUCAGAAAAUUAUAUGAAUGGAACUCAAUUUGUUAUUAUAAACAUAGCGUACAUUAUUGGAACACCCAUAGCAGCAUUUAUUUUUCUACCCGUGUUUUUUCAGAUGCAAGCUACUAGUGCAUUUGAAUAUUUGGAGAGACGUUUUAGUAAAGAAACUCGAUUGUUGGCCAGUUCCAUUUUUAUUCUUCAGAUGGUUUUGUACAUGUCAAUUGUUCUCUAUGCCCCAGCUCUUACUUUAAGUGCAGUCACAGGCCUUUCAACAUGGACGUCAGUAUUAUCUAUUGGCACCGUAUGCACAUUUUAUUCCACUAUUGGUGGUAUGAAGGCUGUAUUAUGGACUGAUUUAUUCCAAUCUGUUUUGAUGUUUUUGGCUGUAUUUGCUGUAAUUGCUAAAGGAACAAUAGAUGUUGGAGGAUUUUCGCAAGUCUUUGAUAUUGCUAGUAAAGGAGAAAGAAUUCAAUUUUUUAAUUUUGAUCCUGAUCCCACUGUUAGACACACUGUUUGGAGCUUAGCAAUAGGAGGAAUAUUCACAUAUACAUCUAUAUAUGCUGUUAAUCAAGCUCAAAUUCAGCGUCUUCUGACUGUAAAGAGUUUGAAGAAGUCUCAAAUAGCACUAUUUAUUAACUGGCCAAUUACAAGUCUUCUUAGUGUUACCACUAGCCUAGCUGGAAUUGUUGUUUAUGCUAAUUUAUGGAAAUGUGAUCCCCUGUUGAGAUCAGAAGAAACUCAUGUUACUCGAUCUGAUCAAAUUCUGCCUUAUUAUGUCAUGGCAUCUCUCAGUGUAUUUCCUGGGCUUCCUGGUUUGUUUGUAUCUGGAGUGUUUAGUGCAGCUUUAAGUACUGUUUCAUCUGCAAUAAAUUCCUUAGCUGCUGUAACUGUUGAAGAUUAUCUGCGGCCUCUUUGUUUUAGGAACACAAGUGAAAGUAGGAUAGCCAAUUUUACAAAACUAACAGCAUUUAUUUAUGGAUUACUUUGCAUCCUUCUAACAUUUGUUGUGGAAAAACUUGGUGGUGUUUUAGAAGCUUCCUUGACAAUUUUUAAUGUGAUUGGAGGACCAAUGUUAGGAUUAUAUUCUCUAGGAAUGUUGUGUAGAAGAGCUAAUGCCAAAGGAUCAGUGGUUGGAUUUAUUUCUAGCAUAAUCCUUUGUAUGUAUGUUGGACUUGGUAGCAUGUUAACAAGAAACAAAACUGUUCCAGUUUUGCAUCGAUCUCUUGAUGACUGUCCAUUAAACAAAACAUUUAUAGUUGAUAGUUAUGCGGGAAACUUUUUCAAUGUAACGACUGAGUCAAAUGAAGUUCUAAUAGCAGAUCAGAAUCACACAUCACUGGAAGUGGAAGAUAAAUACAUUUUUCCAUUAUUGAGAUUAUCCUAUAUGUGGUAUGCAGCUUUAGGAUGGUUUACAUGUAUGAUAGUUGGGCUAAGUGCAAGCUUUAUAUUUGGAAAAGAAAAGGCUGUAGAUCCUGUGUUAUUAAGUCCUGUUGUAUCAUCUUGGUCAUCAAAGAAAAGCCAUGAAGCUGAAGAAUUUGAUUUGACAGAAUGUACUUGAGCUGCUUUGAAAAAAAGUGUAGAACCCAUAUUUUGUGUUCGUUAGAUAUUUUUCCAAAUGUUUAAUAUUAUAUAUUUUUGUAUGUAAAAAAAAAUUCUGAUUAUACAUCAAAAUAAUGUCUUCCAUUUUGGGUCUAGUUUGUAGGAGACCAGUGAUAUGAUACAUUAUUGAAAAUUUGAUUCCAAGCUGUAUCAAUUUGUUUUAACUAUGGAAGAUUGAUUUUAAUAGAAGUAUUUAAAUAAUAAAAUGCCUUAAAUGAAUUUGAACUCAUAUGUAUGCUAAAGACUAUAUUAGAUUUUAAAUUUGUUCAACCCUUUGCUGUUGUAUUUUGUUAAUACUCAAUAGGUAUUUUUAACUGAGAGCUUUUUUUUACGACUGUAAAGGGUUUAAAAUGGCUGUAAAGUAUUAAAAUCAUUAGGGCCUAUUUAUUAGUAUUCGAUAAAUACAUAUCCGGAUAUGAGCAGGAAAACAUUCAAUUAGGUUAUCAUUGUUCUUAAUUUGCUACCAUGUAAUCUGUGCUUAGCUUCAAAAAGAUAUUGAAAAUUAUUGUUUUUAUUUUAUAAUAACAAUAAUUAAGUACUUAAUUUAAGUACUUAAAAAUGAUAUAGUGAUAUUUUGUCAUAGAUAUCACCCAAAGUCUUACUGUGAUUGAUGCAACAUGUGUAUAAAAGCUUUUCUUACUUUAUUUUUAAUUCAGUAUUUAAGUAGUAAAAUUAGUUUAAGAUUUGUUAUUCUCAGAAUCAAUUUCUAAAUUAUGCGAUUGAGACGCAUAAUUAAUUUGUAAAAUAAUUGGUUGUAUGAAAUAAAGUUUCUCUAUUAUUUAUUAAGAAUGUAAGAAUUUAGGACUAUUUAGUUGACUUCAUAAAAAAGUUUUAAGUAUGAUUUAUUUGUCACAGAUGUUUUUAUGUUUUAAAAUAAGUGUACAACUCUUGUCAAUUGACCAUAAAUGACAUGAAUAUUUAUCGUAUUUUUAUCUUUUUAUGUUUAAAAUAUUUUUCUCAGAAAAUUAUUUUUUACCCCAUUAAGUGUCAAAUGUAUUUUCAUUAAUUUAGUACAAAUUGUUUAUCUUAGUUAUUAUUAGAAUAUUUUUGUGCUUCAUGACUUAAAAUAGAUAUUUUUACAUUGUCAUAUAAACAAAUUUAAAACACUUUUUUUUGUGAAAAUAACUAUAAAGUUAUAUUGUUGUGAAGAAAAUUGUUUUCAUCCAUACUGUUUAUGUUUCUUGGUAUUUUAAAAUAUUUUAAGGGUUUUUAAUUUAGUAUUGUGCACAAAUAAUUUUUGCUUUAAUGGAAAUAAACAUAUAUCAAUUUUAUUUGUUAAAUUAAAUUUUGAAAUACUUGUUUGAAUUUUGAAAUAUCAGUGCUUUCACAAAAGCAUAAUUUUUCCCCCUCAGAAAAAUGUUUUUUUUUUUUAGUUGAUUCAAAAUCGUUGAGUAUAUGAAGGCAGAAUUUUUUUUUGUAAUUUGCUGCAGUUAAUUCACCUGAGUUAGAGAUAAUAUUUUUGUUAUAAAUUUUUGUAGUUUCAAUUUGAUAGUUUAUUUUUGAAGUUUCAGGUUUCUACCAUAUUUCUUCAAUUAAUUGCUCUAAUCAAUAAAUUAGGAAAACCUGUACACUUUAAUAUUUAUUUAUCCAAAGUUCAUGAAAAUAUAAGUCACUUUUUUUCAUUGUACUUAAUAGCUUGAAUAAUAUUUGGAUGAUUUAUAAUUUGGUAA